AUGUGCCAGCUCCUCGCCUCGGGUUACCAGUUGACGCUGGUGACCCCCGGAGCACGCGAUUUUCACUGGGUGGUCAUCCCGGGCCAAAUCGUUCUCGGCGGCCUCUUUCCGAUCCAUGCAGCUGGCAACGGGACGGCCUGUGGGCCGAUUAAGGCCGAGCAGGGAUUGCAGCGGAUGGUGGCCAUGUUGUUUGCGGUCGAGGAUAUUAACCGGAGACGUGAAAUUUUGCCGGCAGCGUCGAUUGGAGCGCAGAUUCUCGAUACUUGUUCCGUGGACAGCUACGCACUGGAGCAGACGCUCGAGUUCAUCCGUGGCGCCAUGUCACAUGGGAGUGGCGUCGAAUGUCAGGACGGAUCGCUGGCCACCUACAAGAAGCAGGCCGUCGUGGCGGUGAUCGGACCGGCGAGUAGCCAGGUGUCGGUGAUGGUCGCUUCUAUGUUGCAGUUGUUCAAGAUCCCUCAAGUCAGCUAUUCUUCCACCGGCGCUGAACUCUCCGAAAAAUCUCGAUUCCCCUACUUCUCCCGCGUAGUCCCUCCUGACAAUCUGCAAGCAAAAGUGAUGGCAUGGGUGAUCAAAGAACUCGAAUGGACUUAUGUACACGCGAUUGCGGACACUGGAUCCUACGGCGAACGGGGCAUGGAUUCGUUUAGAGCAGCCGCCACCGAACUCGGCGUUUGCAUCGACGGCGACGUGCACAAAAUUGGACGCGGGUGGACGAGUAAGAAUUUCAAGGAGUUGAUCUGGCGGAUGUACCGUACCCGAAAAGCUCGAGGGGUCGUCUUUUUUGUCGAUGAGGACAAUUUGAAGGUGGGGAAA